UUCGAAGCCAUCGUCGCGCUCUCCCCCUAUUCCUCUUGGCGGACACGAGGCCUUCAGGCAGCCGCCGACGCCACCGGACUUGAUAUCACAAUCCCUCCCCAACCUCCCAUCCAAACCGAUAUAGUCACCGCUUUCACCGGCCUGGGCACCGAAGACAGAGCUCACCCUAACCAGGGUUCCGCCCAGGCCUGGAUAUCACAUCUCAAGCUCAUUGAACACAUCAUCCAGUCCAAUCUGGAAUCAGCUCUAGUCAUCGAGGACGAUGUCGACUGGGACGUCUCCAUCCGCGAACAAAUGGUUGGCGUUGCGCAGGCCGUCCGCCAACUGACCAACGCCCCUCAGAGCGAAGCUGAGGUAUACCCGUACGGCCGGUCCUGGGACGUCCUCUGGCUCGGUUCCUGCAAUGAAGCCUGGGACCCGGACGUCGAGUCGGUCUAUAUCAAUGAUUCCACCGUGUGCCCUGCCGAGUCGUACGUUGGCAGCGUCGAGAUCAUCAAUUCCCUACCCGAAGGCCAGCGCGUCGUAUUCCAUUCGCGCAUGCCCAUCUGCACCUUUGCCUACGCCCUGAGCCGGCAAGGGGCCAGGAACGUGCUACUGGAUAUAGGCGCGGGCAAUGACGAAGCCUUUGACAUCGCAUUGAUGAACGGCUGCCGCGAGCGAGGCCUGAACUGCAUCACGAUCUUCCCGGAGCUAUUCCACCACUAUAAACCGUCCGAGAAGCUGGGCGGCACGAGUCUAGUCAAUUCAGAUAGCAAGGACGGGAAUAAGGUGGAAAUCGAGGUGGAAAUGGGACAGACGGAUAAUAUAGUGCAGAGCGCACGGUGUAACGCCUUAUGGGGGAAGUCGUGUCUCCCUCCAAGACCGGAAGAGAUAUAA